AAUACCAUGCACGCACAGUACGUUUAUCAUUUUCUCUGCCGCUAUUUCAUGACGUCAAUGAAUAAUGAGAUGAUUCGAAAAUGUGAUGGGUCGGGUUUUGAGUUGAUUUCGGCACCAUACCGCUCCUCUCACACACAGACACACACGGCUGAUACAUGGAGCUUUACCAGUAUCCGAGAGGCCUUUCGUACGUACCGUAGCAGCCGACAAAUUUUGACGAGAUAUACGGUAUACGUUGUUUGUUGCUGCUGCUGUUUCCCGAGAUCGUCUGCAACGAAAACCGGUACUGUUUGAGGUUCAUGGUAUUUCUACACGGACUUCCACUAUGUGAGAACUGAACAGCCUUGUGUAAUAGAGACCAACCUUUGAACUGUACCCAGUUCCACAUCAGCAUUUACUGGACAUUCUCUAAAACUCUAGAAAGUGAGACAUGUCACAAUGAGUACCUACAUGUAUGAGUUAGAGAGAUAGCCUGAAGUUACAUCAGUGUACACUUUGCUAAUUUGAACAAUUCUGCUGCUGGAGACAGGUGAGCACAGAGCUUGGCAGACAACAUGGCCCAGACAAGGAGGUUUGUUGUAUGGCAGCUGCCUACACGUCUUAGCUUGAGGAUACUCCUGUGCUUUCUGCUUCUUCAAGUUUUUACAGUCUCUGGAACAGAAGCAGCAAAAGAUGUCAAUAAUAAGACAGUUUGUAAACCAGGAUUAAUCUUGCCUAUCUGGGAACCGCAAGAGGACAUAACUCUUGGAGAUAAGAUCGCCAGAGCUAUCGUGUACUUCACUGCACUUGCGUUCAUAUUCCUUGGAGUGUCCAUCAUUGCUGACCGCUUCAUGUCGGCCAUUGAAGUCAUCACUUCAAAGGAGAAAGAAGUCACUAUCAAGAAGCCCAAUGGAGAGAUUGUAACUGUGAAUGUAAGAAUCUGGAAUGAGACUGUGUCUAAUUUAACUCUUAUGGCUCUUGGGUCUUCAGCUCCUGAGAUCCUGCUCUCCAUUAUUGAAAUUUGUGGGCGAAAUUUUGAGGCAGGAGAUCUUGGCCCAGGAACAAUUGUUGGCAGUGCAGCAUUUAACCUGUUUGUUAUCAUUGCAAUAUGUAUAUACUGUAUACCCAAUGGGGAGCUUCGGCGCUUGAAGCAUUUAAGAGUGUUUUUUGUUACCGCUACAUUCAGUAUAUUGGCUUAUGUGUGGUUACUUGCCAUUUUGAAGCUCUUCUCUCCUGGUGUCAUUCAAUUGUGGGAAGCAAUAGUAACACUGAUGCUGUUUCCUGUGACUGUUAUUUGGGCAUACAUUGCCGAUAAGCGCAUCUUUUUUUACAGAUUUCUCAGGAAAAAGUACACUGCUGAAAGGGUUGUUAGGAGAGGGUCCAACUUGCAAAAUGCAAUGGAGAUGGGCGAGAAUGAGAUGCAUGAAAAUCAUCUCAAUCAUGGAAUGGAUGGCGUUGAGUUCAAGGGCAAAAGAUAUAAGGAUCUGGAUGGAGAUGUGAGUGACAUCAAGGAUUUGGAGGAUUCUAGGAAGGAAACCAUUCGCCUUCUUAGGGAACUGAGACAGAAACACCCAGAUGCUGAUCUUGCUACCCUUGAGCAGAUGGCCAACUAUGAAGCCCUUAACAACCAGCAAAAGAGCAGGGCCUUCUACCGUAUUCAGGCUACUAGGAAGAUGUGCGGCGCUGGUAAUAUCCUCAAGAAGACAUUGGAGAAAAAGCGAGCAAGUGUGGCAGAAGUGAAGAUAGAAGUACCGCAGGAUGACUCCAUCACCCGCGUAUGCUUUGACCCAUCCAACUACACUGUCAUGGAGAAUGUGGGAAAUUUCACCAUCACUGUUGCGCGACUCGGCGGGGACAUGAACAGCACCGUGUAUGUUGACUAUAAGUCAGAAGACGGUACGGCCAAUGCUGGUUCGGACUACCACUAUGCUGAGGGAACUCUAAUCUUCAAGCCAGGGGAAACCCACAAGGAGAUUCCCCUCAGCAUCAUCGAUGACGAUAUCUUUGAGGAGGAUGAGCACUUUUAUGUGCGUCUGAAUAACAUCCGUGUUGGUGGCCCUGACGGGAUGUUUCAGAGCAACUGCAACGAUCAGCAAGCACAAAUUGUGGAGCCACUCCUUGCCACCAUCACCAUCCUGGACGAUGAUCAUGCUGGCAUAUUCCACUUUGAAGACAAAGUUGCCAAGAUUCCAGAAUCCUCUGGAGAGGCACAGUUCAAGGUUGUUCGAUCUGCUGGAGCAAGAGGCAUGGUGCGCGUUCCCUACAAGACGAUCGAGGGAACCGCCAAAGGAAAUGGAAUCGACUUUGUGGAUGUGGAAGGCGAGCUGGAAUUUGAGAAUGACGAAACUUGGUAAGUACUUUUUCCCUUCCUGCUAACAAUAGAUUUGCUACUCAUAAUUAGCAUUUACUCACUUACAGUGUUUGACUAUAGAUCAAAACAGAAAGUGACUGAAAUUAUACAAAAUAAUAAUAAUUAUGGGGUAAGAAGACAGUAAAAAGUAAAACAAUACUCUUUAUGUACCUGGUAUGAUACUACACUGCACUUGCUUUAAAAGGUAAACAUUGCAGUUCUUAUAGCAAUUAUAUAUUCUGUACACCGUAUAUCACAAAAAAAAACCCAAUGCAGAUGGUCACCUAACCUUCAGAUAUUUGUCAAGCAUAAUGUAGAUGGAGUCCAUCUUUCCCUGUUUGAAGUUAUUGCUAUCCCUUGUGUGUGUUAAUCACAUUCUGCUUUAAUUACCAUAUCAUGAGGAAAAAGUGCUGUAACCAGUAUAGUAGUUCAGGCGAAUCUACUAUCCUGCUAUAGCUAGCAGAUGUCUUCAUAAUCACUAAAGAUUAUUAGGGGGAGGGGAAUGUAAGCAUGCAAUAUGAUUUUCAUUCAAAGAUGAGAUCAUAAAACAGCACAUAGAUAAAAUUUACACUGGUCACUUAUGUCUUUUACAGAAAUUGAUUAAAUACCAAUGCCAUGUCUUAAGAGAUAUUCCUCAAAGUGAAUUAUGUGGGCAAUAUCACAAAAUUUCUUAAAUUUGUAUUGCUUACAAAUUAUUAAGUUUAUUAUGAGGUACAUAUUUUUCUGUUAUGUAACACUUAAAUUCAUCAUCCAGUCUUCACAUUAUUUGCUACAUGUAGUUUUUAAGAAAUAUACAAAAGUAUUUUUCAAAAGGAAAUUAUUGAUUUUAGUUUAGGGUGAAAUUCAGGUGAAGGCUGUCAUUCUUCCAUUUAAUAAAUGGCACCAUUUGCAAUUGAUUGAUAGAUCUGUGUUCAACUGAAUUUUGCUUGAUAUAUUUCAUCUAUCAGUUAUUGCUCUAAUCCAGAACUUCCAAUCUAAUUAGGGUAUCAAUCACUUUGUGCCGCUUCAACACCUUGCCACCAGGUACCUCUUACCCCCCUGACUGCCCUCCACCUGAGGCUCAUUAAGGGUAUACACUGCUCAUCAUAUUACCAUUACAGUGUCGGUCUGUCUUCAUCGGCCCAAGCUAUUCAUCAAACUGUCAUAUCCAAGUUAAUUUCCCCGAUUUUUGUCUUGUAUGCAAACGCUAUUAUUAGGCUAUUUCUUGUGUUGUAUAGCAACAUUACAAUCCUGAUUCAACUUUGCGUAAAAUAAUGAUCUUCAUGUAUUUGGUCUGUUGAUUAAUUAUCCAACAAAUUUACAAGGAGAAAUGCAUUCAAGUUUUGGUUCUGGAUUAAUUACAAUGUAGGCCUAUGAAUGGUACCAUAACGUGAUGGGGGCCCAUAGUGCACAUACUAUUUAGCCCAAAUUCCCACUUGGGCUGAUGGACAGGGAGUCUCUAGAAUCUCAGGUUUAAUAUAUUGAUGGCUAAUUAGAGCUCGAAUUGUGUAAUUUAGUAAACCAGGGCUAAUGGAGAUUGACCCUUAAAUGACAAGGUGUGAGAUCUCUAAGCUUGGGAUUUACGUAGAAAGACAGAUUGCGUAGUUUUGCUGAGUCCUUGACCUUCAUUUUUGUGAAUCAUAGUUGUAAUAUAUGUUGUGAUAAGUGGAUGAUUAUAUAGAUUGGAAUGAUCUUGUUAAUGUCAUUAAUUUAAUAAGGGCUGAAAUAAAUAUAGAGUAUGGGACUAUUCAAUUUAAAAAGGAAUUGCCUGGAACCCUAGUCAAUUAAAACUGUUCUUUAAUAAAGUUCAUAGCACCUGGUCUAAAAGGGUCUUGGACUUGGUCUCACCAUGGAUCCUACUAUCCAUGUCUAGAGUAAACUGAAGCAGUGGUUUAGUCAACUUGUCUGAAAGGGCUUAAUCCCAUCUUUGUUGUGUCCACUUGACACAGAUGACGCAUACCACUUUCAGCCAAAUCCCUGUGGCUGUGAAGUGAUUUUGAAGAAAACCGGUUUGACGUCAUGGGGGAAAAUUUGCUGGGCGUUUUUCGAAAUUAUUUUCAUAGGGUUUCUGACCAUGUCUCAUAGAGAGAAUGAUUUUAUAUUGACAGAAGUAAUUAUCAUACACAUGUAGGUGUUCAAGAAAAUUAGACAGAAAGUCUUAUGAAGUUUGCUCUCAAUGAUACAAUUUGAGAUGUCUUUCUUCGGCUUCUUCUUUCAGCUACUGAUCCAGAGUGAUACCUUUAAUGAACUUUUUUUGCCAAGUUUUUUUUUAAUCAAUAUCCAUUGAGAACUUUAUCAUUUUCUAAUGUAUGUUUGUAGUUCUGGGAAUGAAACCACUGGUAUCAACCCAGUAUUGCUCACCUUUAAAAGUGGAAGCCAUUCCUGAUUAUGAUUUGGUUAAAAUUUGAGUCGCUGCAUUAUGUACAUGUACCAGUAGGCUCUUUUUAAAUCUACAUUUUUUGUAAAGUUAUCAAUUUUGCUGUUGACCUUGGUGAUUUUUUGUGUCAUAUCAGUUUUACCUCUUCUUUAUCAGCAUGCUUUAAAAUAGCAAUUUCCUUCUAGAUAGAAUAGCCUUCUGUAACCUGUUUAGUGUUCGAAUAAUUUGCUUUAAAGUCUUUGUUAUACAUGUAAAUGUUUGAAUUUCAGAAUUGUAUUUUUUUUAAUAUGCACCCAGUACGGUGUAUACCUUAAUUGAAUCCUACAUGUAUUUCUCAUCUAGUGCUAAUCCCUGCUCUUGUUUUCUUCCUCGCCAUUACUUUCUUUAAUGUGGCUUGGUUGUGCCCCUGGAUGGGGGAGUUAGCAUCAGCUAACAAUAAAUGACGGGGUUGACAUUUAAGUAAUUGAGGUGGUGAAAGCCUGGGAGGACCUCGGCACUGGAAGUCAGAGGCGAGUGGGAGGUGAUAGAUAUUAGUUGGUGUCUAACUAUAGGUCUUUGCCGGCCUUUUUGUGAAAUGCAAUCUAUUUCCAAUCUCAGGAAAUAUGACAAGGAGGAUGCUUAUUGAUGACAAGUGCUUUUUAUUCCUCCUUUCAUCACAUUAAUCAUUUCAUUUUAAAAAGAAAUUGUUCUUCUAUUUUUGAUGUGUGUAUUACAAAUUUUGCUGCAUGUAAAUGUGCCCCAUAAAGCCAUAAUCAUAUACUGUAUAAUCCUGAAAAUAGACAGUGUACAGUAAAUCAUCAAAUACUCAAACAUGCUGAAACCUGUUUCAUUAAUUAAAACUUUUCAUAUUAAAGUUAUCUACGAGCAACUGGAAUACUAAGGUGCUAAACCACCUAUUGUACCAAAAUUCACACAAGUUUUUAAAAAGAUAUAAUUUGUAUCAAGACUAGCCUAGUGUUCCUUUCAUGUAUGAAUCUCUCAAGUGCAUAGACUUCCUUCAAAUUUCAAUAUUUAAAGGGGCUGCACUCAUCUAUAGCCUACAACAGAUUCCAAUAUUAAAGAACAGUUUGGGAAAAAUUGAAAGGGCAUUUAUAAAAAUGUUUUAAAGGCAGAUGAGAAUAUUAAGAAUAUCAGCUACCAACCACACAAGAAAUAAUGGAUGCCGACUGAUACUGUUGAUUUGAUUGCCAUUUCUAUUUUUUUUUUAGACAAAUAAAAAAGAAAAAACCUUGACUGCAUCAUUUCCUGUGCGCGUAUUGUAUAAAAAUGCAUCAGCAGUGCUGAUACGAUGCAGUACACGGCCUGUAUUGGCUGCAUUUCAGCAGGGUUUAUCUCACUGGGGCUUUUCCCCAUUGAUAUUCUAAAAAGACAGUUGAUUUGGAAUGUGCACUUUUCAAGUUGGAUUUUUUUUAGGAAUAGGGUGAAUUAUCUGCACAAAUACCUAUUCAAGAAGGGUGAAAAUAAGUGUGAAUUCUCUUACUUUUGCUAUGAAAAUAUCAUUUUGUGAAAGCUUUAUCAGGAAAUAGGCUUAUUAAUAAUUUGUGAUGAAUGCCGGGUAGUCUUUCCUGCUCGCAGAAUAUAGGGUUGUGCAUAUUACACUAAUUGGUGAAUAAUAGAAUACUGUGUCCUCGGGUGUUAGAAUUACAGGUUCAAAUUUGAAUUUUCAUGUGUAUUAGUCUCGUGAUAUCACUUGUGUUGAGCUAACAGUCUGACACCUGGUGGGUGUUUCAUGAAAGAGCUAUUUUUAUUUUAAGAUACGAAUGACUUUACGCACGACUGGUGAUCCUU